UCUUUCAAAGAUGUUUUUAUUUCUGGCUUAGUAUCUUUUGGCGCACUUUUAAGAGGCGAAAAAUUUGGCGUUACAAUGAUGGAAGUGGCUUCUAAAGCAAAUCUUGCACAAAAAGAACAGGCGAGUAAACAAGCCCUCAAAGCUAGUGAAGAAACUAAAAAGGAUAUUGAAAAAGAACAAAAGAUCAUUAAGGAAGAAGAAGAGCGGAUAUCAAAGAUGAAAACAGAAGCUAUUGAAAGCCUUACUACUAUGGAAAAACUAGCUUUAGAAAACUCGAAUCUAAUGAACGAAGAAAGUCUUAAAAUGGCUGAAAGAGAAUUAGGAAAGGUCACAGAUCUUUUUGGUAGAAUAUUGCUCUUUUGGGAGCAAUUCUCUGCAAAGUUGACAACCCUGACAAGAAGCCACGAUGCAAUCGAAACAUACAUAGAAUUCAUAACUGAUGAUGACCUUGCAGAAGAAAUUGACGAAUCAGUCACAACUGUAAAAAAGGUGUGGACCUCAUUUGGAAAUAUGUGUACCAACUAUGUUGAUAAGAGUGUGGAGCAACUUCCCGAGCUUUAUGCGUUCAUGGCAACACCUGUAGACCAAAUGUCUAUUGAAGCCUGUACUAAGAGGAAGCAGGAACUGCUUGAGAGCCAGAGAGCUGAAAUAAAGGAAAUUGAAGAGAAAUUCAUUAAACUUUAAAAUGAUUCUUGAAACAUGAAACAAUGUUUUUUUCUUCUUUUUUACACCAAUAGUAUUGAUCGUAAUACGGUUUGAAACUUCUUUAUUUUAAAAUGUAUUUACAUAUAUGCGUUGUUUUAAAUAUUUAUAGACAUUUUGUAUUGCUUUUGAUAUUUAAUUUUAUUACGUUUCGUUUGUUUGAUAAGAAUUUGGUAUGAAAUUUAUUGUUAACAUAUACAUGUAUUCAUUUUAUAUAAGAGAUGCAAUCAAUCUUUAAAGUUGCUUUUUAUAAAUUGCAUAAAAAAAAUAAAGCUAUACUUCGUUAAAAUGAGAUGCAUGUGGACUCCCGUAACUGUUUUAACCUUAUUGUGGCCAAAUCGAAAUGUGUUUGCAUAAGAAACUUCGCCUUUAGGCCAUCUGUAGAUCAAUAGAAAACCAACAAACAUAGCUUUAAGUAGCAUUCCGAAUAUAAUUGUAUAUUUCCGCAUUAUAUAACAUACCGAUGUUUUAUACAAAUCAUAUCUUCCUUUUAGAUGUGAACGACAGGCAUAGAGCACCGUGAAGUUAUACCGGUGAAAAGUUUGUUUGAACACCCAUUUUGAUAUACCCUUACUCUUAUCUUAUAAUUGGAGAUAGACAGAUCAAGGUCAUGUAUGUAUCAAUGCAUUUGUUGGGCCAAUUAAAAACUUUGAUUUUUUUAAGUAACACUUUGACGUUUCACUUGUCUUGUGCAUACACGAGCUUAUCAUAUUCUUCAUUUGCAUGGUAAAAUUUGUAUACGAACUUUACUGUUCCUUUUAAAAACACAAGAUAUUAACAAUAUUUGACAUGAUUGCCGACAAUGGUUAAUGAAAAAAAUGCUUGACUAGAAUGUUUGAUAUUUAGGCCGGCGGCUUAGUAUUUUACAUGUAUAUAAAAAGCAGCUUUAAAGGAACUCUACUGAGAUAUAAAGGCCUACAUCAUAAGAUCUGAAUUUCUCACAUGAAAUAGCUGGGACAAUUUACACUGACAAAUGUAUAAAUUUGAGUGAAAUAAAAAAAUGGGACACAAGACGCAUUUUUCACAAAUGGAAUGUUUGUUAUCUUAUUAGUAUUGUGUUUUUGUGAUACAUAUGUAAAUUUUGCUUUUAGUUAAAAAGUGUGAAAAUAUUUUUGUCUGUUAUGAAUUUAAAUAUGAGAUUCUGAGUGGAUUAUAGAAGGCUUUCUCCUGUUAUAAAUAUUCUUUUGUAUUUAUUUUUCGUUAAUUUAGCACUUUUCAAUGGUCUGUUUGUGAACAAUUUUAUUUUGUACAUUCAUGUACACGAG